AUGGAAGAUCUGAAAAGCCAAGCUGUCAUCGGACGGAUCGGGGCUCUGCAAUGCGUCCAUACAUCCCCCUUUCUCUUACAGGGCCUCCCCCCCGGGGGGCGGCUCUUCCCCGAGCCCGCCCCCCAGCUGGGCUCGUCCCCCUCCGUCCCCCGUCGGCUGCUUAUAAAGGGGGCGUCCCAGCCGGCCGCCGCCGAUCCGGCUCAUCGGGAGGAACGCGAUGAUCAGCGCCAGCGCCGAAGCAAAAUGCUGGAUGGACACCCCCGGCAGCGACGGCUCUUCUUCUCCUCUUGCUGCGCGAUCCUAGUUCUGCUCUCCUGCGCCCCGGACCUUUCCGCCGCCUACUUCGGAGGACCCUUUCCUCUUUGGGACAUGAUUGGCUUCAGAGUGGAAGCCAAGCCAGGGGCCAGGUGUCCCAUCCAUCACCGAGCUGUUGAAAAUGAGAAGGUCAUCAAAGCUGGAGUGGAGACCACUUGUAAAUGCCACGGAGUGUCCGGCUCCUGCACUGUCCGGACAUGUUGGCGCCAGCUCUCUCCCUUCCACGAGAUCGGCAAGCAGCUCAAGCAGAAAUACGAGAUGGCCCUCAAAGUGGUCAGCACAACCAACGAGGCCACGGGGGAAGGGGACAUCUCCCCAGCCAAGAAGUCCAUCCUGGGCCACGGCGACCAGAUCCCCAGGACUACAGAUCUGGUUUAUCUCGACGAUUCUCCGAGCUUUUGCUUGUCUAGCCGGUUCUCCUCCGGGACGUCCGGCCGGAAAUGUUACAAAGACAAGAACUGCGACAGCAUCUGCUGUGGGCGGGGACACAACAUCCAAAGCCGCGUGGUCACUCGUCCGUGCCAGUGUCAGGUCCGCUGGUGCUGUUACGUGGAGUGCAAGCAGUGUACGCAGAGAGAGGAGGUUUACACAUGCAAGGACUGAAGGAGUUGUGUCCGACGAGCCCCAACUUCGGGGACGGAUCCUCCUGGCCCCUUUCCUCGAGACAAGACAAAAACGGGGACGCCCGGUGCGAUGGCCGAGCGCUACCCUGAC